AUGGACACUGAUGAAUUUUCUAGUAGUUUUGAAGAAUUAACUGCCAAAAUUCAAGAAGAUAUAUCAACACUCGCUAUGUCCAUUGAAAAUAGAGAUUUGAAUAUCGAUGAAAUCACUCAGAGUAUAAAUGAUUUAAAUAUAAUGCUAGAUAACGUUUUAGUUAGCUGUGAUAACCCGAAUCUUUAUUCUCAAUUUGCUAAUCUCAAAGAACAAAUAAAUGAAAUGGUCGAUAAUUAUAUUUCUGAACUUGAAAAUGAAGUGAAUGAAGAAGAAUCUCAAUUAGGAGAAGUUCCAGAGGACGGUUUAAUUACUGAUAAUGAUCAAAAUGCAAAUAAUACCGAAUUAAAUAAAUCAAAUGAUCAAAAUGAAGAUCUCGAAAAUGAUUUACCGCCUGGAAAUCAAAAUGAACCAAACAGUGCAGAGGAUUCGAUGCUCAAAAUACAAUGUCAUAUGAUAGAACUUGCAAAACUUAUCGAAAACAAAGAAACGCCAAUUGAAGAAAUUCUAGAAAAAUCCAACAUAUUAAAUUCAGAAAUAGGCGAGGCAAUAAUCCAAAGCUAUGAUCAAAACGAAAAAGAUAAGCUAUCUUAUUUACGAAAUGAAGUUAAUGAUUAUGUUGAUAAGUUUAUUACAACAACAAGCGAAAUAUUAGAGCAUCCAACCAGCUCUGAAAGUGAUACAGAAAAGAAUACUUUAAAUGAAAACAACGAAGAAAAGAUAAUUAGCGAAAAUCAGAUUAAAGUUGAAGAAAAUAAAUUAGAUAGUAUAGAUGAUGGUUAUGACAAUGUUAAAUCAAAUAUAGAAUCCUUAAUCAGAUCUUUAAUUUCAGAAUGUGACAUCGAAGACAUUAAAAAUCAGUGUGAUUCUGUUAAUAGUGCAAUUGACGAUUACAUCAACAAGAGCGACGACACCAACCGCUGCAUGGAGCUUGCUAAUCUUAAGGAAGAGAUCAACCGCCAAGUCGAUUCUUAUGUUACAGCAUACGAAUCUGCUCUUUCCUCGGAAGCACAGUCAGACGGUGUUGAGUUAUCCACCGCUCUUUCCGACGAAGAGCGUGUCGAACCAGCAGAAGGCUCAUCCUCUGUUGUCAGUCGCGAUCUUGACCUUAGUGGUGUUGAAGGCAGUUCACUUGAGUCUGAUAUCCAGUCACUUCUUGCCGCUCUUGAAGAAGGCGAUUCUGACCGUGUUGAAGAGAUCAGCAAUCUUGCUGCAUCUGUCAACGCAUCUCUUGACAACGCUAUUGUCAACAGCGAAGAUCCAUCCGAAGCCGCCUCUCUUAGUGCAGUUAAGGAUGAUGUUAACAAGCGUGUUGACGAAUUCCUUUCAUCAGUCGAACGCGACUUAUCUGGCAUUGCCGUUGAGGAAGAGGAAGAAGCCUCUCCAGCAGAAGGCGAAUCUGCCCUCGUCGAAGAUGUUGCAGUUGCCGAAAAGGCUGCAGAAGAAGCUGCAGCCAAGCUUGCUGAAGCUGCUGCUGCCAAGGAAUCAGAAGAGAAAGCCGCUGAAGAGAAGCGCCUUGCCGAAGAACAAGCCGCUAAGGAAGCCGAAGCACAGAGAGCUGCCGACGAGAAGGCUGCUGCCGAGAAGGCUGCUGAAGAGAAGCGCCUUGCCGAAGAACAAGCCGCCAAGGAAGCCGAAGCACAGAGAGCUGCCGACGAGAAGGCUGCUGCCGAGAAGGCCGCUGAAGAGAAGCGCCUUGCCGAAGAACAAGCCGCUAAGGAAGCCGAAGCACAGAGAGCUGCCGACGAGAAGGCUGCUGCCGAGAAGGCCGCUGAAGAGAAGCGCCUUGCCGAAGAACAAGCCGCCAAGGAAGCCGAACCACAAAUGAUAUCUGAAAUUUCUCAACAAAUCCAUGAUAAGAUUACACAAGAUGCAGUUCAAGAAAACCUUCCUUCAACUAUUGAAACUGAUAAGGAAUCAAAGAAGCCACAUAAAACAACUAAACGCAAACGUAAAGUUUCGAAGACUAAGAAGUCUGAAGAACCAAUCCCACAGAGGACCCAAAUCCUUAUGGCUUCUACUGCACUUGCUGGUGUUGUUGCAGCUGGAAUUUAUCUUUACCGCCACAACCAGAAGAAAUAA